AUGACAUCCUCGAAUCAACCUGAGAGACCAAAUGUCGCUGGUGAUAGCAUCACGGAAACAUUUCCGAGUCAAGAUUCAGCCGAGGACACCAAGGUUCGCAAUUCAAUCGAGUCAACUGAAGUAACGGGCUCCAGCAACAUCGUGUUGCAGUCUUCAAAGUAUGAAACGAGUUUACUUCGUAGGGUAUUGACACCAAAGAAUUGUCGAUGGAACGAUGAGUCGCCACCAGCUUUGUCUAUGAGACAUUGCUGUCUCUACGCCUUGGCAUCGGGUAUCACAGUUGCAAACCUCUACUACAACCAGCCAAUUCUCAACAAGAUAGCCGCCACUUUCAAUGUCUCAUACGAAGAAUCGUCCCAGGUUGCAACGCUGUUGCAGUCAGGCUACGCAGCUGGUCUCAUUUUUGUUCUACCACUCGGGGAUAUUCUCGAAAGACGCCCGUUCAUCAUCGCUCUUGUUCUGGCCACUGCAACAAUGUGGAUAGGACUCUGUGUAACAAAUGACUUUACCGUCUUCCGUGCCUUAUCUUUUGUAUGCGGUGCUACCACAGUGACACCACAGCUGAUGGUUCCCCUAGUGGGAGACUUUGCGCCAGCGCAUCGAAAGGCAUCUCUUCUCGCUAUUGUCACAUCAGGACUCAUGCUGGGUCUGUUGAUGGCGAGGUUGCUCUCCGGAGUUGUAGCGAAUUUCACAAGCUGGCGCAACAUUUACUGGUUGGCCUGCGGUCUGCAGUACCUCAUGGGGGUUGUGCUCUUCUGCUUCAUGCCUGACUAUCCAUCUACCAAUCCGGAUGGGCUGAACUAUCUCUAUGCUCUCUGGUCGAUUCCUCGUAUGAUGGUCACAGAGCCUGUUCUGAUACAGGCUUGUCUCAUUGCCUUUUCGCUGUCAGCUGUGUUCACGUCGUUCUGGACAACAUUGACGUUUCUACUCGCUUCUCCACCCUAUGACUAUACAUCCCUACAGAUUGGUCUCUUUUCUCUGACUGCGCUUGCGACUAUCUUGUCGAUCCCCUUGAUUGGGAGGUUGAUUGAUCGUUAUAUACCUCUACUCCCGACGAUAGGCGGCCAGGUCCUGGCGUUGACUGGAGCUAUCGUCGGAACUUUCACUGGAAACUUUACCGUUGCCGGCCUUGUGAUUCAGGCUAUCGGUAUCGAUGUCGGUAUGCAGACAGCAGCAGUGUCGAACCGCGCAGCCAUCUUCAGCAUCAACCCCAAGGCACGUAAUAGAGUUAACACGGCUUACAUGGCCCUGGUGUUUGCUGGACAAUUGACUGGCACGGCAGUGGGAAACAGACUAUAUGCUAGUGGAGGCUGGAGGAGAAGCGGCGGAUGCAGCAUUGCAUUCGUUGGGUUGUCCAUCUUGAUUGCCGUCGCGAGAGGACCCAGGGAAAAGGGAUGGAUCGGCUGGACAGGAGGUUGGCAUCCUCGACGAGAAAAGCCCGUGAUAACACAAACACAGACAGAAGAUGAAGAACAAGGCGAAGAGCAGAAUAGGAAGGAGGAAAAGUAA